AUGCAGGCGGCACAAGCCAUUAAGUGUGGCGAUGCUGAAGUUGUAGUGGCUGGCGGCAUGGAAAGCAUGAGCAAUGUUCCCCAUUACCUGCAAGGCAGAAAAGGCUCAAAACUAGGCGACAUAAAAAUGACCGAUGGCAUGCUUCGCGAUGGCCUAUUAAACGUUUAUGAUGGCGUACACAUGGGCAAUUGUGCUGAAUUGUGCGCCAGCGAUAUGAAAUUUAGCCGCGAGGAACAGGACGAGUUUGCCAUUGAGAGCUACCGCAGAUCGGCAAAAGCCUGGGAAGACGGAAAAUUUCAAAAUGAGGUAAUUCCGGUUGAUGUGCCGCAAAGAAAAGGCGACCCCAUCCGCGUAGAGCGCGAUGAAGAUGUCUUUAAUGUAAAAUUUGAAAAAAUACCGCAGUUGAGGCCGGCUUUUGAUAAAAACGGAACGGUAACGGCUGCCAAUGCCAGCAGCAUUAAUGAUGGAGCAGCCGCCAUGAUUUUGAUGAGCGCUGAAAAAGCCGAGGCCCUGGGCCUAAAGCCCCUGGCAAAAAUAGUAUCUUAUGCCGAUGCUGCGCACCAGCCCGAAUGGUUUACCACCGCACCAGCCAAAGCGGUUCCCAAAGCGUUGGACAAAGCUGGCAUAAGCAAAGAGCAAAUAGAUGCCUUUGAGUUGAACGAAGCAUUUUCAGUAGUUGGCCUGGCCAAUAUCAAAAUUCUUGGCAUUGAUGCCGCAAAAACCAAUAUCAACGGAGGGGCCGUGUCUAUUGGCGCUCACCUCCCCCUGUAUAGCCCAAAGAAUAAAAGUUUGGUUAUUGCCGAUGAAGUGUUCACCUACACCGGGCCCGUGGCCAAGAAAAAGUACAGCCGCAAAGAGCUUAUUGAGGUAGCCUUUCAGUACAUGAAUGCGCCCUAUUUGUGGGGCGGUCGUUCGCCUUUUGGCAUCGAUUGCUCGGGAUUUACCCAAAUGGUGUACCGUUUGUGUGGGCACGCAUUGCCCCGCGAUGCCAAAGACCAAGCGCAAUUGGGUUACGCCCUUAGCUUUAUUGAAGAAUCAGAGCCGGGCGAUUUGGCCUUUUUUGACAACCAAGAAGGCCUCAUUACGCACGUGGGAAUUAUUUUGGAAAACAACUACAUCAUCCACGCAAGUGGCAAGGUACGCCUUGACCGCCUGGACCAAACCGGCAUUUUUAAUCCGCAGGACGCCACCGCUCAAAUGGCAUUGUUGCAGUUUAUGCAAAGUGGCCGGAAUAAAGCAGCGGUUCCAUCUACCGUUCACUGCGACCACCUCAUUCAGGCAGAAGUAGGUACCGAUUCGCACACCGUAAACGCGGGCGGCCUGGGAAUGGUUGCUAUUGGCGUAGGUGGUGCCGAUGCAGUAGACGUAAUGGCGGGCAUGCCCUGGGAACUGAAAUUUCCCAAACUUAUUGGUGUUAAACUAACCGGUAAGCUUUCUGGCUGGACUGCCUCAAAAGACAUUAUUCUUAAAGUAGCGGGCAUUCUUUCGGUAAAAGGCGGCACCGGAAGUAUUGUUGAAUACUUCGGCCCGGGAGCCGAGAGCUUAAGUUGCACGGGGAAAGGCACCAUUUGCAACAUGGGCGCAGAAAUUGGAGCAACCACCUCAACUUUUGGGUACGACCAGAAAAUGGCCGAGUAUCUAAAAGGCACCGGACGUGCUGAAGUUGCGGCUGCAGCCGAUGAAAUUGCCGAACACCUGACGGGCGAUGCCGAGGUUUACGAAAAUCCCGAACAAUACUUUGAUCAGGUUAUUGAAAUUAACCUCAGCGAAUUGGAGCCGCACAUCAACGGCCCAUACACGCCAGACCGCGCUACUCCCAUUAGCAAAUUUGCCGAAGAGGUGAAGAAAAACGGCUGGCCACAGGAGCUGGAAGUAGGCCUGAUUGGCUCAUGCACCAACUCUUCUUACGAAGAUUUAACCCGUGCCGGUUCGGUUAGAUACACCGCUGCGCGCGAUGGUUUGUUAGACAAGUUCACGGCCAUGGGUGGAGUUGUUUUGGCAAAUGCCUGUGGCCCGUGUAUUGGCCAGUGGGCGCGUCAUACCAACGAUCCCGACAAAAAGAACUCCAUCAUUACAUCCUUUAACCGGAAUUUCGCCAAGCGGAACGAUGGCAACCCAAAUACGCACAGUUUUGUGGCCAGCCCUGAGUUGGUUACCGCUAUGGCCAUUGCCGGUGAUUUGGCUUUUAACCCACUAACCGACACCUUGAAAAAUGAAAAAGGCGAGGACGUGAAGCUAGAUGAACCCAUGGGCAUUGAAAUGCCUCCCCAGGGUUACGCGGUUGAGAAUAAUGGCUACCACCAGCCGGCCAAAGACGGCAGUGACGUAGAAGUAAAAGUUGCCGAAGGUUCGGAGCGCCUGCAAAUUCUUGAUCCAUUUGACGGCUGGAACGGUGAAAACUUCAAAGACAUGAAGCUAAUCAUCAAAGCUAAGGGCAAAUGCACCACCGACCACAUUUCAAUGGCUGGGCCUUGGUUGCGUUUCCGCGGACACUUAGACAACAUUAGCAACAACACCCUCACCGGUGCUGUAAACGCCUUUAACGACAAAACGGAUAGUGUAAAAAACCAGCUCACCGGUGAAUACGGUUCCGUGCCUGACGUACAACGCGAAUACAAGAAAAAUGGCAUUCAAACCAUAGUUGUAGGCGAUCACAAUUACGGAGAGGGUUCGUCUCGUGAGCACGCGGCCAUGCAACCGCGCCACCUGGGCAUGCGCAUUGUUUUGGUGAAGUCAUUUGCGCGUAUCCACGAAACCAAUCUCAAAAAGCAAGGCAUGCUUGGGCUAACCUUUGCCAAUGAGAACGACUACGAUUUGAUUCAAGAAGAUGAUACUUUUGAAACAGUGGAUCUGGAUCAGUUUGCCGAGGGCAAACCCAUUCACUUAAAAGUAACACAUGCCGAUGGCAGCACCGAUACUAUUGCGUGCAACCACACGUACAAUGCCAACCAAAUUGAUUGGUUCCGUGCGGGCAGCGCCUUGAAUAAAAUAAAAGAAGAGAACAAGAAAGCUUAA